CCUGGGGCUAGCACCCAGCCUCCCGGGGCAAAUUGGAGCUCUGGCGGGAACCACCGAGCGCGGACCUCCGCUGCGUCCUAGAGCGGCUGCACGCGGACACAGGCGGCGGCGGACUUCCGCCCGCGAACGUUGCAGCCCCGUGGACGGCUCGGCCUCGCUGCGGGCCUGCGCCUCCCUCGGCUUUUGCCGCGGGCUUCGGGCAGUGGGGUGAAAGAUGUCUAUGGAUGUGACAUUUCUGGGGACAGGUGCAGCAUACCCAUCGCCAACCCGAGGUGCCUCUGCUCUGGUCCUUCGGUGUGAAGGUGAAUGCUGGCUCUUUGACUGUGGGGAGGGAACCCAGACACAGCUUAUGAAAAGCCAGCUUAAAGCAGGGAGAAUUACCAAGAUCUUCAUCACACAUCUUCAUGGAGACCAUUUCUUUGGCCUUCCUGGCCUCCUCUGCACAAUCAGCCUGCAGAGUGGCUCCAUGGUCACCAAACAGCCUAUCGAAAUCUAUGGCCCUGCAGGGCUUCGGGACUUUAUCUGGCGAACCAUGGAACUCUCUCACACAGAGCUGGUCUUCCCCUACGUGGUCCAUGAGCUGGUGCCUACAGCGGAUCAGUGUCCUACAGAAGAACUAAAAGAAUUUGCACACGCGAAUAAAGUAGACAGCCCUCCCAAAGAGGGACAAGGAAGAACUAUCCUGUUAGACUCAGAAGAAAAUUCAUACCUCCUAGUUGAUGACGAACAGUUUGUUGUAAAAGCAUUUCGCCUCUUUCAUCGAAUACCUUCCUUUGGAUUUUCAGUCGUGGAGAAGAAACGCCCAGGUAAACUCAAUGCACAGAAACUGAAAGAUCUCGGUGUUCCGCCAGGUCCUGCCUAUGGGAAGCUAAAAAAUGGAAUUUCUGUUGUUCUGGAAAAUGGAGUUAUAAUUUCUCCCCAAGAUGUCUUAAAAAAACCUAUUGUUGGAAGAAAAAUCUGCAUUUUGGGUGACUGUUCUGGGGUUGUGGAUGAUGGAGGAGUGAAGUUGUGCUUUGAAGCAGACCUGCUGAUCCACGAAGCGACCUUGGAUGACACCCAGAUGGACAAAGCAAAGGAGCAUGGCCACAGCACACCACAGAUGGCAGCAACAUUUGCAAAGCUGUGCCAAGCAAAGAGGCUGGUUCUGACUCACUUCAGUCAGAGGUACAAACCAGUUGCCUUGGCUAGAGAAGGAGAAACAGAUGGGAUUGUAGAACUUAAAAAGCAAGCAGAAUCAGUAUUAGAUCUCCAAGAAGUGACUCUAGCAGAAGAUUUUAUGGUGAUUAGCAUUCCGAUCAAGAAAUGAAACCAGUGUACCUGAAUGCAUUCUGAUGUGUCUGUGAAUAUGUUACCGAACCAACAGUCAGGUUCAUUGUUAUUAUUGUUGUUACAUAGGUCUAAAAUUAUUUGGGUCCUCAUAACCCUAAAAAGGAUGGCGCUGCGUUGCUGAACUAACUCAGCAUUGAGAGGGAGCAAGCUUUUUGAUAAUAAAUCACUUUAAAAAGAAAAGAAAACAAAACAAAACAAAAAACAGCAUCCUUCUUAAAGUCCACAUUUGACAGAAUGAGACUAUUCGGGUAUACAUCUUGUUUUGUGGCUGCUGUCUCAGAUAUCAGCCAAUAUGCCGUGCAGUCCUGGGCUUAGUUCCUGCCCAGCUUUACUGCUGUUGUUGGCAAAAUACACAGGGCUUAGCCCUCCUGGCUAAAAAUGGUAUUUUGGCAGUUUGAAUUGAAUCUGUUCAUGUUACUAACAGAAUAGGGAGAAAUGUAAUGAGACAUUGGAUAUGCAGGAUUGAAGCUGGCAUGUUAAAUCUUGAAUUCUUUGCUGGAAUACUGAAUGCAGGGUCAGGCUGGGUGUUUAUCCUUCAAUUAAUAUUUUAUUGAACUUUCCAGUUUGCUCUAAACCCGUGGUUCUCAGAGGUGAAACUACUCCAUUAGGUGGAGUUUUAAAAUUGUGGGGAUGCUUCUUGUCAAAACUAGAAGGGUGGUUUCUACUGGUAUUCAGUCAGUAAGGGCCAAGAUGCUAGAUCCUACAAAGUUUUGGUCAGUUCUAAACAAUGAAGAAUUAUCUCAUCCCAAAUGUAUAUUGAGGGCCUGUUGAGAUACACAGCAAGUUAAAGCUUAUACUCUCAGUGUGAAUAUACUUUUAUUAGUGACACAAUGAGUUGAACUACUAGGUAAGUCAAAUUCUAAAACAAAUCCUAAAGAUCUAACGAAGUGAAUAUGUUGGAAUCGGAAUGUCAUAUCAAAUAUUAUUUGUCAGAAAUGAGCCAUGAGCUGCAGCUUAUGAAUCUGGAGGUAAAAUGAUAUUUCUUCAACUUGACUUUAAGUGACAUGUUCCAGAGAACAGUUCUUUGAGCACAGUUUUAAUAAAUGUUCAUUCUAGAAUAACUUUCCUUCUGAGUUGCCUUCCACCUACCUUUUGUCUGCCAUGGGGCAUCUCUGACUCAUUUGCCCACAGUAUUUCUCAAAAUGUGUUACUUGGAAAGGUAGUCUCAUGUACUGAUUCAUUCAAAAGGAUUCCCUAAUCAGAUCAGUGUGGGAAACUCUGUAUGCUGUGUGCCCCUCUGGCAGUGUUCAGUGCCUACCGAUGUAUUAAAAACAGGACUGCUUCAGUGGUCACACACCAGUCUUUGGUGCCUGAAAGACCUAAGUUAAGAGUCCCAUUCUGGGGAGUUCCCAUUGUGGUGCAGCAGAAACAAAUCUGACUAGUAUCCAUGAGGAUACAGGUUUGAUCCCUGGCCUUGCUCAGUGGGUCAGGGAUCCGGCAUUGCCAUGAGCUGUGGUAUGAGUUGAAGAUGCAGCUCGGAUUGCACAUUGCUGUGGCUGUGGCUGUGGUAUAGGCUGGCAGCUAUAGCUCUGAUUUGACCCCUAGCCUGGGAACUUCCAUAUGCUGCAGGUGUGCCCCUUAAAAAAAAAAAAAAUGUUUUAUAUAUAUAUAAAGUCCCAUUCUGGGAAGUCCCCUUGUGGCUCAGCAGGCUAAGGACUCAAAGUUGCCACAGCUGUGGCACAGGCUGCGGCUGCAGCUGCAGCUGCAGCAUGGGUUCAAUCCCUGGCUUAAGGAUUUCCAUGUGCUGUGGGUGUGCCUCCCCCCAAAAAGGAAGUCACAUUCUGUAUCUCAUGGUGGUCCCUGUGUUCUCUGGAGCAGAUUACGUACUCUCAGCUUGCUCAUCUCUAAAAUGGGGGGAAAAUAAUCAGACCUACCUCUAUGGUUGCUGUGAUGAUUAAAUAGCUGUAUAAAAGGAGCAUGGCACAUUGCUUAAAGGCAUUAAGAGCUAAAGUAGGAGUUCUCUUGUGGUACGGUAGGUUAAGGAUCCAUCAUUGUCACUGCGGAGGCUCAGGUCGCUGUUCUGUCAUGGGUUCAAUCCCUGGCCCAGGAACUUCCACAAGCCAACGGCAAGUCCAAAACAAAACAGAAAACAAACAAAAAAAAGCCAGAGAGGCCUGUCAACUCUUUUGAACCCGUUGCUAAGUCAUAUUUCACGUUUUACUAUCAACGUCUCAAGAACCUAGAGGGUUUUGAAGUUCCUGUUGUGGCUCAGCAGGUUACGAACCUGACCAGUAUCCAUGAGGAUGUGGGUUCAAUCCCUUACCUCAACCAGUGGGUUAAGGAUCCAGCAUUGCUGCAAACUGUGACAUAGGUCACAGACCAGGCUCAGAGCCUGCGUUGCUGUGGCUGUGGUGCAGGCCGGCAGCUGAGAUUUAACCCCCACCCUGGGAAUGUCCAUAUGUUACACAUGUAGCCCUAAAAAACAAAAAAAAAAAGUACCUAAAGAGUUUAAUAGAAUACUUACUCAGAAAUAUUAUGAUGUGAUGGUGUAUACUAUUAAAUUCCUUUUGUUCUAGGGCUUUUCUAGUAUAAAAAAAAAAAAAUUGACUCCUGGAUGGUUCUGAAGUCUCUAGAGUAGUCCACAAUGGACUGAUUCUGCUCUGCUCUAGGCUCUUGGCCUGUUUAAGUAUCAGAGUUUAACCAGACUUAAAGUGUAUCUUAAGGAGUUCCCACUGUGGAACCAUAGGUUGGGAAUCUGACUGCAGUGGCCUGGGUUGCUGUAGAGGCUCAGGCUCAAUCCCCAGCUGGCACAGUGGGUUAAAAGAUCUGGCAUUGCCACAGCUGUGGCACAGGUUGCCUCAAGGGCUCAGAUUCAAUCUCUGGCCUGGGAACUUCCAUGUGCUGUGGGUGUGGCCAUUAAAAAAAACAAUCUGAACUCAAUUCAGACAAGCAUUUAUUUGAUACCUACUGUGUGCCCAAACCUGUACAAGAGGGAAUGGCUAGUUUCGGUACCUCUGGUGCCUGGAGCACUUGUGGAUAAAAAGACUGUCUUAGUCACCUGCACAUUCUUGGAAAUACCCACCCAAAGGAUGCAUUCAGAAAUGUUUAUUGAAUGAAAUGAGACCUUGGGAGUUCCCGUCUCGGCUCAGUGGUUAACGACUAGGAACCAUGAGGUUGCAGGUUCGAUCCCUGGCCUUGCUCAGUGGGUUAAGGAUCCGGCGUUGCUGUGAGCUGUGGCGUAGGUUGCAGAUGCAGCUCGGAUGCAGCGUUGCUGUGGCUUUGGUGUAGGCCCGCGGCUACAGCUCCGAUUGGACCCCUAGCCUGGGAACCUCCAUAUGCCAUGGGUGUGGGCCUAUAAGGAAAAAAGAAAAGGCAAAAAGACAAAAAAAAAGAAAAAGAAAUGAGGCCUUGAUAUUAUGCAUGUGCAAAACUUAAGAUCUAAAGUUUAAGACCUGUGCCUAGCCCAUUUCAUUACAAUAUUUGUCCAAAAAAUUUAGCUGCCUGAUUGGUGGUACCCCAUUCACUGUGCCAGGCUUUCUUGUGCUGAGAAUACAUAAAUGAAUAGAGAAACAAAAUCUCAGGCUCACUUGUCUAAGUGGUGGAGAUUGAUAGGUAAAACAAAAGUAAAUAUACUGUAUCUUCCAAUGUUUCUGAUCUUGUAGUAUGUCACUCAGUUUUGCUGUUCCUGGGCAUUAUUUGGUAGCUAACUUGAGCUGUGUCCUGAGAAUUAGGGUCUAUUAAUAUAUGUGUGCUAAUCCCUCAGAGAGCAUGGGAAUGUGGAACGAAUUGAUAUGUUGGAUCAAGUGUAGGGUAUCAGUUCAUGGUGAAAAUUCUUUCUUGGACUCUCUUCUGGCUUAGAAUGUGUUUUUAAUGGUAGAACACAUUCUAAGCAUUUGUGGAGCCAGAAUGAAGAAUGAAUCUUAAAUUGGGCUUCCCAGAACCUGUAAUCUGCUCAUUGUUGUAUGACUCUAGAGGCGAUUAGAAUAUGUUUUGAACCCCAAAUUUAUUUGAUCACUGAAUCCUCUUUUGCCAGGCAACAUCAUGGAACACUGAGAAAUGUUGUCCCUUAAUACUUAUGAAAAUUAGUAUAUUUAUAUUUUUUACCUUCCCACAAUUAUUCCCACAAUUUAUUGAGGGAAUAAUUUCCAUAUCUACACCUACUAAAGUAUUUUAUUUGUCUUAAACUGACUUUCAGUUAUCAAGAAUUCAUAGGUUCUUGCUUACUUUUUAAAGUUUGUAUUUUCCAUUUCUCAAAAGGUAUUUAGACUUUCCCAAAUAGACCCCAAAUCAGUUCCGUGUUCAAAUACCCAUGCCUCAUUAAUAUACUUGUAAUAAACUUUAAAUCAUAAAAGCAGCAUAUGCUUAGUAGUUAACUUUUUUAUAAUUCAAGAAAAGGAGUUCCUGCCAUGGCUCAGUGGAAACGAAUCUGACUAGUAUCCAUGAGGACGCAGGUUCGAUCCCUGGCCUCACUCAGCGGGUGAAGGAUCCGGCGUUGCCAUGAGCUGUAAAGUAGCAGACACGGCUUAGAUCCGGCAUUGCUCUGGGGCUGUGGCAUAGGACAACAGCUGUAGUUUAGAUUAGACCCCUAGUCACAGAUGCAGCCCUAAAAAGACAAAAAAAAAAAAAAAAAAAAAAAAAGAAAAAAGAAAAAGAAAGAAAGAAAAGAUGAUUAUGAGUAACUUCGCCAUCCAGAAGCUACUUCUGGUCCAGUGGUCCUCAAACUGGGAUGUGAGUCAGUAUUACUUAAGGUAAUACAUAGGUGAAUCAGGGUGCAGGUAGACAGAUCCUUGGGCUUUAAUUUCAAAGACACUAGUUCAGUAGGUCUGAAAUCUGUAUACUUAUUAAGGUCCCCCAGCUGAUUCUGAAGUGUGUAGGUGGUGGUCAACACCAGGAGAAAAAAACUGUCUUUAUAUACACACUUACACUUAAGUGUAUAUCGAUACUUCAUGUAUAUUUAAACACGUUUACAGAUGUAUGUGUAUUACACACAUGCAUACAUGUGUAUUUUUACAUGUAAGUUGACCUCAACUGUUCUCAUUUAACAUUGUGUGCAUUUCCCCACAACAUUAACUCUUCUUUGCAAGCAUGAAUUUAAUGACUUUAUGUUAUUCCAUUCUAUAAAUGUAAUGUAAUUGAACUGUUUUCUUACUUUGGGGGCAUUAAAAUUGUUUUGUAUUAUAAGCAAUACUAUCAUGAA